AUGCAAUGUCUCUGGUCGCCGAGAAUCGCUAGUGUCGUCGGUACUGCCCGCUGCUCGGCGUCCCGACGCGCAGCGGUCAUAACAGGCCCGCCAUGCAGCAAGCACAUCACGAGCCGGCCUCUGUCGGCCCCCCGCCGUCGUACAACGAUCGGCGCAUACCUCAAUGUCACAUAUCACCGCACUCUCUCGACGCAGGCUGCACUUGAACCGGCAUCCUCUCCUCAUACUCACACUGCUCCCCCUGACACGGCAUGUAAUCUCCCCUCGCCCCCGACAGCGUCUUCCGCUCAUGCCUCUCGGAUGGCGGCACAGUCUAUACGACUUUGUGUCGCCCAGAAGGCGUUCGGUGACGCUUUCUACAUCUUCCACGCUGUCAAAUACUCGAACGAUCCCGCAUUUGACGCGUCCGCUCAAGACCUGUCUGGCUACGGCCGCGACCUUCCCCGCUACGCGGAUGUCGCGCUCCAGUUCGGCCAGACUGUCAACCCCCGCCUUGCUGCUCACGCACUCCUACACUCCCUCCUGCGCGCCGGCCAACCAGAACUGGCAUACCGCUUCUCGAUUAAAAUGAUGGAGGCGGGCGUUGAAUUCCACCAUCGUUCCCUGGAAGGGGUGAUCAAAUUCUUAUCACCGCUACCCAACGAGUCGCCCGUUCGACACUACGUCCGAUCCAUGGUACGACAGUAUAACCCAACGCGCCCUCUGUGCGGAUUGGAAGACGGCGCGGGUCAUACAGGCGCAGGUCAACGACAUGCUUGUCCCGGAGGAGAUUGA